CUAUAUACACUGGCUGAGCACACCACCUCCUCCUCCAGUCUGACUACCAGGACGAGAAAAGGGGCGCUGGAGAGGAAGUCAGGAGUCGCUCAGCUGGGGAAAAAAGCACAAUUUAGUCUCUAUAAAAAGUUAUUUACAACAGAACAAGGAUGUCUAAAGGACCAGCAGUUGGCAUUGAUCUUGGCACCACCUACUCCUGUGUGGGCAUCUUUCAGCAUGGCAAAGUGGAGAUCAUUGCCAAUGAUCAAGGAAACAGGACCACACCCAGCUAUGUGGCAUUCACAGACACAGAGAGACUAAUUGGAGACGCAGCCAAGAACCAAGUGGCCAUGAACCCAACUAAUACUGUGUUUGAUGCUAAGCGUUUGAUUGGUCGAAAGUUUGAUGAUACGGUGGUGCAGGCCGACAUGAAGCAUUGGCCCUUUAAGGUUGUAAAUGACUCAUCCAAACCUAAAGUGGAGGUUGAAUACAAGGGUGAGAUCAAGACCUUCUUCCCAGAGGAGAUUUCCUCGAUGGUCCUUACCAAGAUGAAGGAGAUCUCAGAAGCCUAUCUUGGCAAGUCUGUGACCAAUGCAGUCGUCACAGUUCCUGCUUACUUCAACGACUCUCAACGUCAAGCCACCAAAGAUGCUGGGGCCAUCUCAGGGCUCAAUGUUCUGCGUAUCAUCAAUGAACCCACUGCUGCCGCCAUUGCUUAUGGCUUGGACAAAAAGGUUGGCAGUGAGCGCAACGUCCUUAUCUUUGACCUCGGAGGAGGCACUUUCGAUGUGUCCAUUUUGACCAUUGAGGAUGGCAUCUUCGAGGUCAAGUCCACUGCUGGUGACACGCACUUGGGUGGUGAGGACUUUGACAACAGGAUGGUCAAUCACUUCAUUAAUGAGUUUAAGCGCAAGUUCAAAAAAGACAUCAACACCAACAAACGAGCCGUACGCCGUCUCCGUACCGCCUGCGAGCGCGCAAAGCGCACCCUCUCCAGCAGCACCCAAGCCAGUAUUGAGAUCGAUUCUCUCUACGAAGGAACCGACUUCUACACUUCUAUCACCAGAGCCCGUUUUGAGGAACUUAAUGCAGAUUUGUUCCGCGGAACCCUGGAGCCUGUUGAAAAGGCCCUCAGGGAUGCAAAGAUGGACAAGUCCCAGAUUCACGAUAUUGUCCUGGUGGGUGGUUCCACACGUAUCCCCAAGAUUCAGAAACUUCUGCAGGACUUCUUUAAUGGCCGUGACCUCAAUAAGAGCAUCAACCCUGAUGAGGCAGUGGCCUAUGGAGCAGCUGUGCAGGCAGCCAUCUUGGCUGGUGAUAAGUCUGAGAACGUACAAGACCUGCUACUGCUGGAUGUCACCCCCCUGUCCCUGGGAAUUGAGACUGCUGGAGGAGUAAUGACCGUUCUUAUCAAAAGGAACACCACCAUUCCCACAAAGCAAACCCAGACCUUUACCACCUACUCCGACAACCAGCCUGGUGUGCUCAUUCAGGUUUAUGAAGGCGAACGAGCCAUGACCAAGGAUAAUAAUAUCCUGGGAAAGUUUGAGUUGACCGGUAUUCCACCUGCUCCCAGGGGUGUCCCGCAGAUUGAGGUGACCUUUGACAUUGAUGCCAAUGGCAUUCUUAAUGUGUCUGCCGUGGACAAGAGCACGGGAAAAGAGAACAAGAUCACCAUUACCAACGAUAAAGGACGAUUGAGCAAAGAAGACAUUGAGCGCAUGGUGCAUGAAGCUGAGCAGUUCAAGGCUGAAGAUGAAGUGCAAAGGGAAAAAGUCACAGCUAAGAACUCCCUUGAGUCUCUGGCUUUCAACUUGAAGAGCACAGUCGAGGACGAGAAGCUUCAAGACAAGAUCAGUGCUGACGACAAAAAGUCCAUCAUUGACAAAUGCAAUGAGGUUAUUUCCUGGUUGGACAAGAACCAGACGGCGGAGAAAGAAGAGUACGAUCACCAGCAGAAGGAACUAGAGAAGGUGUGCAACCCAAUAAUGUCCAAGCUUUACCAAGGGGGCAUGCCUGAAGGAAUGGCCGGAGGAAUGCCAGGGGGGAUGCCUGGUGGUUUCCCUGGUGGGGCUGGAGAAGGUUCUUCGUCUGGCCCAACCAUCGAGGAAGUGGACUAAUCGCCCAUUGACCAAACGUUUUUAUUAAAAACUACAUAUCUUCAACGUUUUAUUGGACAACAUUUGAAGAUUCAUUAAUGGGAAUAAAAUAUUAGUUGAAAUUGUUUGUUCAGAGGAGGAUAAAUCCAAUCAAAAAUAGGAACACACAAACAUCUAUUGUCUUAAUUAUCCACAGUUGAAUUACAAAAAGUUCCAUUUCCUCGAUUAAAUAACGAAAAUAGA